AUGUAUAAACCAGAAGAAGAUGUUACAUGGACGGAGGCUCAGGCACGGCUCCCUCCUCCGGUGGAAUCCAGUCAGUUGCUUGAGGAAAUCGACCGGCAGGUGGAUCAGCUUCCUAUCCUCGUGGUUCUGGAUGAUGAUCCUACUGGCUCCCAAACAUGCCACGGAAUCAAUGUCCUGACAGUGUGGGAUGAAGCAACGCUAGUCGAAGAGUUCUCCACAUGCGACCGUGGAUUCUUCAUACUCACCAAUUCGCGCGCGCUCCCUACCUCUGAAGCGCGGGGCCUUAUAUCCCAAGUCUGUACAGCUGUCAAGCGAGCAGCAGCCCAGGCCCAGAAAACGUUUGAAAUCGUCCUACGCGGCGACUCGGCCUUGCGGGGACAUUUUCCCGAUGAGAUUCAGGUGGCUGAGGAGGUAAUCGGGCAGGUAGAUGGAUGGAUCCUCGCACCGUUCUUCCGACAAGGAGGAAGAUUCACCAUUGACAAUGUCCACUAUGUGGCUGAUGCCGAAGGGAAUCUGGUUCCGGCCGCCCAGACUAUUUUUGCAACGGAUGCGACCUUUGGGUACUCAAGCUCCAGCCUCAUCGACUACGUAGUCGAGAAGUCAAAUGGCUCAAUUCCUCGCCACUGUGUGCGGUCUAUCUCUCUGCAGGAUAUCAGAGAGGGGGGUGUAUCUGUUGUGGCACAGAAGUUACUGGAGUUCGCUCCGAGAUCUGUUAUCAUAGUUAACGCGAUAGUUGAUACUGAUCUGGAAAUCUUUGUGCUUGGUCUACUACAGGCGAAAUCUGCCGGUCGGAACUAUCUGUAUAGAACAGGGGCUGCCUUUGUAUCCACGCGGUUAGCGAUGAGAUCACAGCUUCCUCUCAGUGCACGGGAUCUGGGAAUGGACACAGAGGCCUCUUCUCCAGGCGGCUUGAUCAUUGCCGGGUCCUAUGUGUCGAAGACGACUGAUCAGCUUCAACAUCUAACUUCAGGCCGUGGGUCCGAGAUAAAGGUUAUCACCCUGGACGUGGAGGAUCUACUCCGCAGCAGUGAAAGCAACUAUACUGCAGUAAUUGGUGCUGCUAACGAGGCUGGUAGAUAUAUUUUAGACGGACAAGAUGUGGUACUCAUGACAAGCAGACGACUGAUUAGCAGCCAUGAGGAGCUAUCAAACUUGCAUAUCGGGAGCAUAGUGUCUAGUGCAUUGAGUUUGUUUCUACGGUUGCUAAUCCCCCGGUCUCGAUAUAUCAUUGCUAAGGGCGGCAUCACUUCGUCAGAUAUAGCAACGAGAGGCAUGCGCGUGCGACGUGCCCAAAUCAUCGGCCAAGCAUCAGCGGGGGUACCUGUCUGGCGCUGCGAUGAACCAUCGUCUAAGUUUCCCGGCAUCCCAUACGUCAUUUUCCCCGGCAAUGUCGGUCACCAAGACGCGUUGCUAGAUUUGGUUACGAAUUGGGAAAGCAGAAGCCCCGAGAAACGGCCCAAAAUGCAAUAUCAACGGCUUGGUAAUAGUGGGUUGAAAGUGUCGAAAAUCAUCCUUGGUUGCAUGACAUUCGGCAAUCCGUCAUGGGAAGGCAGCCCAUGGGUUCUUCCAGACUCUGAAGCGCUUCCGCUACUGAAAAAGGCAUACGACUGUGGAAUCAACACGUGGGAUACUGCCGACACGUAUUCCAACGGGAUGUCUGAGAUCCUGAUCGGAAAGGCUCUCGAGCAAUAUAAUAUUCCACGGAGUAAAGUUGUCAUCAUGACCAAGCUAUACUACCCGGUCCUUGAAGCAGGUUCGAAUGCUCGACCCAACCCUGCAGUCAACGAUGGCGACCUGGUCAAUCAGAUGGGGCUCAGUCGGAAGCACAUUUUCGAGGCGGUGGACGCAUCUCUUGCUCGACUGAAAUCCAGCUAUAUAGACGUUUUACAGCUCCAUCGCAUUGAUGAUACCCACCCCGAAGAGGUCAUGCGCGCUUUGCAUGAUCUUGUUCAAAUGGGUAAAGUUCAUUAUCUGGGGGCGUCAAGCAUGUAUUGCUGGCAGCUCGCGAGACUACAGUAUGCCGCAAAAAUGAACAAUUGGACCACAUUCACCAGUAUGCAGGGUCUGUACAGCUUACUGUAUCGUGAAGAGGAGCGUGAGACAAACAGAUUUUGCCAUGCCGAGGGGAUUGGUUUGAUUCCUUGGAGUCCCUUGGCUCGCGGGCUAUUGGCCAGACCAUGGAAUGUCAAGACUGAUCGAUCUGUGAAGGACGCAAAGACUGCAAAGUGGUUCUCGGGCGAGCAGGAUCGGAAGAUUGUUACCAGGGUCGACCAACUUGCACGGUCGAAGGGAUGCAGCAUGAGUGCACUUGCGAUAGCAUGGUUGUUGAAGAAAGGCGCUUGUCCAAUCGCCGGGCUGAAUAGUAUCGAGAGGAUAGAGUCUGCGUCUGAGGCGCUGGCAGUUCGUUUGAGUGAUUCUGAUCUAAGAUUUCUUGAGGAACAUUAUAGGCCUCUUCCUGUGCAAGCGAUCUAAUUGCUGUCUUUAGUCUCGCAUGGCGUGGGUACUAAGCGAAGAAUGUAGGGCAGAUUCAUA